AUGCAGCAGCAGCGUCCUCCGCGAGCGCCGUGGGGCCAAGUCAACUCCAGUAGUGCACGCCAACAACAGCAGCAGUCGUCUGCACUGUUGGUCAGACCCGCUAAUGUCCCGCGACCUGCCUUCACGGCGACAAAAGCAACGCCCCGCCGCACCGAUUCUGUGGAGAUGAAAGGCAAGAGGAGUGCAUUUGAAGUGGCAUACGAGGAGUCCCUAGCGCAGCUCGCGCUGCUGCAGCAGAAACUGGAACAACAGGCCGCGGCCUCACUCCAGCUGGAGCGCAACACGCUGGAGUACUACUACACGAAUGCCAUAUGCUUUGAGAGCUACGAUGGCGAACGAGUACCACAGCAGAACAGUGGCUGGCAUCACUACUACUUCACUAGUGUCAUAAGCCACGCCAGGCGCGAGCGGCGAGAGAGACGCAUGCGCGAGGAGCUGCAGAUACAGGAUGAACGGCGUCGAGUGCAAGUGCUUGAAGACGAUGUGCGCGAGCGCAUUCUCAAGGGGGCGCUGGAGGAGCAGCGAGGCGGUGUGGCCGAGGUCGAGGCGGACAACAACACGUUGCAGCAGCAUCUCGCACAGAGGGUGGCGGAGGGGCAGCGCUGCCGCGAGUGCCUGCAGCAAGAGCAGGAGAGGCAGACGGCGCUGCAGCAGCAGCGAAUGGACUGCGAGGCGAGGAUCCGGAAGCUGGAGGCGGGAAAGCGGGAGCAGAUGGAGAACGCGGACGCCACGCGCCUGCAGGUGUGCGAGCAGCGCGCAGAGCUCGCGGUGGCGCAGGCGGAACUGCAACGGCGCGAGAAGGUCGUCAGUGACCUGCGUGAGGCGAUUGGGCGACUCACACGGAAGCGAAGGCAGCGCGGGUGA